AUGGCGGCCUCUUGUUUUCGCCCGCUUCAUUUUCAAACCAAAGAAACAACAUUAACUGAGAGUGUCGGAAGUUCUCAGUGCAUGAACUCCCACAGGGUCGCCCAGCUUCAAAGAAUUAGUCGUCGAGCAGCAAUAUUAGUUCGACGUUGGAGGAAGCUUCGAAGAGUUCUCACUCUGCGGUCGCGUUAUCUGCAUCGCUUACCAACUGAUGGUGCUUGGGAUUACAAGCAAUCCUUUGAGUAG